UUUGGUAAACCAUGGAGGGAAACACCCUGGGAAAACAGAGAACGUUUGGAGAAGAACCUCAGGGAGCUUACGCUGAGCGAUUCAAAGGUUAAGUACGUCAGGAUCUUGCUAGCUGGACAAGUGGGAGCAGGAAAGUCCAGCUUCAUCAACUCAGUCCAUAGUGUUUUUCAAGGACAAAUCACAACAGUAGCCCUUGCUGAUUCUGUGUCUGGUAGAAGUUUUACAAAAACAUACAGAACAUAUUACAUGGGAAAUGGACAAUCACUUCUGCCUUUUGUCUUCAGUGACAUCAUGGGCUUAGAAUCUGAAGAUUCACAGGGUGCCGAUCCAGAAGACAUUGUCAAAGCCCUUGAGGGUCUCCUUAAGGAAGGAUACGAUUUUAAUCCAACUGAUUCUGCUAAAAAGAAGGGCUACAGAAGUAAAGCAAGCAAGUCUGAGGAUCUGACACACUGCCUGGUCUACGUCAUCGCAGCUGACAAGGUAUCAAUGAUGAAUGAAGAAGUCUUCAAAAAGAUGAAAUAUAUUAGACAGAAGGCCAGCGAACUGGAAAUCCCUCAGGCAGUCAUCAUGACGAGGGUGGAUGAAGCAUGCCCACUAGUCCGAGACAAUCUGAGAAAAAUCUACACUAGCAAGAAGAUAAAACUAAAGAUGCAGGAGUGCUGUAAUUCAGUCGGUGUCCCUGUGAGCCACAUCUUCCCUGUGAAGAACUACCAUGAGGAGAUCGAUACUCAAAAUGACAUGGAUGUGCUGAUCCUGAGGGCUCUCACACAGAUUGUGCACAUAGCAGACGAUCUACUGAAGAAAAGAAAAAGUGAAUCAAAAAAAGGAUGUUUCCUAUUUGGCUGUUAAGACUUGAUUUAUGGUGCACCGGGAACUGGGACGUACUCCAAUGGUUGAGCUUACAGAGAGGGAGAUGUAUGUAGUUAUGAAUUCUUUCUUCUUAGCCACUUCUCAUCUGACACUUGACUAUAGAAGCGUUAUUAAUAAAGCAAUCUUCAUCUCCACCCUGUCUCUUCAUUUA